CAUGGGGUUAUCCUAGAAAUCCAUUCUGCCUGGCCCGGCCACUGUGGCCACCCUCUCCCUCCUGGAUAGGCCCCGCCCCGUUUCCUCCCUGCCUCGCCACAAUGUGUCUUAUCCAACAGCCAAACAGAAUCGGUCUUCUUUUAAAAAACUGAAACCUGUUCCUGCUCCCUCCAACACACAGAUACUCUGCAAACACACGAUUCUACCUCAAGGCCUUUGCCCAUCCAGUGCCUGCUGGCCUGGACCCAGCUUCCCUAAGGCAGCCACCCCACAGUCACUUGCCCAUUCGUUCCUUCGUGUGCUGGCCCUGUGCCGGGCACUGGCACCCACACUAGACAAGUUCCUGCCCUUGGAGCUCACAGUGUAGUUGGGACCAGAUCACACACAAGAGCGGGCCCCUCAGACCCACCUCAGAAUGCAGCCCACAGCCACCAUGGCCACAGCGGCUGCCACCACUGCCACAGUGGCCCUGACAACGUCGUGGGACAACGCCACUGGCCGUCCCACGGCCGAGCCCGACCCCAUCCUGGACAACUACGUGCUGCUGGUGGUGGUGAUGUCGCUGUUCGUGGGUGGCACGCUGGUGGUACUGUCCGGGGUCCUGCUCCUCUGCAAACGCUGCUGGGAGGUGCACCAGCGCUUCAACAGAGCCAUGGAGGAAGCUGAGAAGACCACUACCACCUACCUGGACAACGGCACCCACCCGGCCCAAGACCCCGACCUCAGGGGGGAGGACCCCGAGGGCCAGGACGCAGAGACCGAGCGCUUCCUGACCACCAGCUCCACCGGCCGCCGGGUCUCUUUCAACGAGGCGGCCCUAUUUGAGCAGAGCCAUAAGGCGCAGGACAAGGGUCGCCGGUAUACCCUGACGGAGGGGGACUUCCACCACCUGAAGAAUGCCCGCCUCACCCACUUGCACCUGCCGCCCCUAAAGAUCGUCACCAUCCAUGAGUGUGACUCGGGCGAGGCCAGCUCCACUGCCACCCCCCACCCGGCUGACACCCCCAAGGCCAGCCUGGCCAUCUUCCAGCCCCCGGGGAAGGCCCUCACCGGCCGCUCCGUGGGCCCCAGCUCCGCCCUGCCAGGUGACCCCUACAACUCAGCAGCGGGUGCCGCCGACUUCGCGGAGAUCAGUUCUUCUGCAUCUACUGACUCCGGGGAAGGCACCUCGUUGGAUGCAGGUACCAGGAGCACCAAGGCUGGUGGGCCCGGGGCUGCCACAGGUCCUGGGGAGGCGGGCCCGGGCUCAGGGGCAGGCACCGUGCUGCAGUUCUUCACCCGUCUACGCCGCCAUGCCAGCCUGGAUGGGGCCAGCCCCUACUUCAAGGUUAAGAAAUGGAAGCUGGAGCCCAGCCAGCGGGCGGCCAGUCUGGACACCAGAGGUUCCCCAAAGCGACACCACUUCCAGCGGCAGCGGGCAGCCAGCGAGAGCAUGGAGCAGGAGGAGGGGGACAUGCCCCACGCGGACUUCAUCCAGUACAUCGCCCGUGCAGGCGACGCCGUGGCCUUCCCGACCCCCCGCCCCUUUCUGGCCAGCCCCACCAGCCCGCCCCCCGCUCUCGGCAGGCUAGAGGCGGCGGAGGCAGCGGGAGGAGUAAGCCCCGAGUCCCCCCCGGAGCGCAGCUGCGGUGAGAGGCCUGAGCACCAGCAGCAGCCGCCAGAGCCGGAGCUGGACACCGAGCGGGACUCGGGCCCCGAGCAGGCCCAGACCAGCUACCGCGACCUGUGGAGCCUGCGCGCCUCGCUCGAGCUGCACGCGGCCGCCUCAGACCACAGCAGCAGCGGCAACGACCGCGACUCGGUGCGCAGCGGCGACAGCUCUGGCUCGGGCUCUGGGGGCGCGGCGCCCGCCUUCCCGCCGCCAUCGCCGCCUGCACCAAGACCCAAAGACGGCGAGGCGCGCCGGCUGCUGCAGAUGGACAGCGGCUACGCCAGCAUCGAGGGCCGCGGCGCGGGCGACGAUGCCGAGCCGCCCGCUGUGCCCACCCGGCCCCGCAGCCCGCGCGCCUGGCCCCGCCGCCCACGCCGUGACUAUAGCAUCGACGAGAAGACCGACGCGCUCUUCCACGAGUUCCUGCGCCAUGACCCGCACUUCGACGACGCACCGCCCUCCGCCGCGCGCCACCGUGCACGUGCUCACCCGCACCCACGCAAGCAGUGGCAGCGCGGCCGGCAGCACAGCGACCCCGGUGCACGCGCGCCCCCGCCCCUGGCCGGGGCCCCGCCCCCGGCUGCGGCCCGCCCCGCGCGUGCGCCCUUGCGACGCGGUGAUAGCGUGGACGGCCCGCCCGAUGGCCGCGCACUGGGCAGUGCGGGGGACGAUCCCGCCAUCCCAGUCAUCGAGGAGGAGCCUGGCGGGGGCUGCCCCGGCUCGGGCCUGUGCGUCGAGCCCCCCGGGGCGCUGCUGGACAAGCUGGCGGCCGGCAUCGAAGAGAGGCUGUUCCCGCUCCGCCUCGCCGAACCCGUCGUCACUGCAGCCACCACGCUGGUCGCCGCCGCCCCCACGUCUCCCGAUCACAGCCCAGCCUAAGCCCUGUGCCCUGUGCCCACCUCUUGGCAGCUUCUCUGGCGCCGCGUGGGGACUCGGCGGCGGGAGACAGGCGGGGACGCGACGCCCGGCACGCAUGCGUCGGGACCCCGGGGCCCUUAGCGAAGGCACUGGGCUGCGGACGCGCCCUCGCCUCCCUAGGGCGCAUGCGCACAGCACGCGCACCGCCCGGACCCCCAAGCGCCCAGGAGGGGCGCACACGCGCAGGCCCCUGCGGCCGCUUCGCCGGGUACCUGAGGCUCGAGGUGCGAGGGCCCAGGCUGGGAAGGAAGGCAGGACACUGACAGGUCCUCACUCUGGGCGGAGGCACUGGCCUCGCAGGCGCGUGCGCGGGACCUGCAGCCCCCCCCAAAGACAGGAGACAUGCGUGAGCCCCGGGGCUGGCACUGUCGCUGCUGCGGGUCGGGGAGGAGCCCACCGCCCCCAAGCCGUUUACCUCACCGCGGCGUGUGUUCGCGGCAGCCCUCACCCCUCCGAGCAAUAACAGCGCCUGCCGCCACCGCCUCCUCCGGCCCUUGGACGCUGCUCCUCCCACUGCCUGGCCCGUGUCUGUCGCGCCCCCCGCCGCCUCGCAUGCACCCGGUGCCUCCCUGUCGCCGGACUCCUCAGUGUUUGAGACGCAAACAAAACCCAAAGGCCAAGGCGUCAAGUUUCCCAAGCUUUAUUUAUUGCCAAAAAAGGGGUGAGCCCUCGCCUGCGUCGCCCGUCCCGCCCUUGACGCUUCGUGCCCAGUCUGUACCAUCUGGUGAUGGAGUUUCUCGUUGUUUUUGUUUUCUGGUUGAUUAUAAAUAUUUACUGCAUACUCUC